UUGUAGUCGGUCAAGGUCAAAGACAAACGUGUUUUACGAUAAUUAUUAAGUCCCGAGCCCAGUUAAGUUGUGAGAAUGUGGAACGUUAACCUGCGUAGAGGCUAGAGGGGAUAGAAAUACCGAAGAAUCAGGUGGAGGUAAAUGCCGUUUACAUUGAAACUCGGGUUCAAGAACUUCAGUGUUGCUAUGACCAUCAUAUCUUCAACAAUUGUCAACUUACGUUCAUUCAUUCAGUCUUAUCGUACAUAAACAAUUAUAUUUAUUUUUUCUUUUUUUUGUUGAUCUCUUUUUAAGCUUAUCAUGGAUUUUCGAACUUUUGUUAUGAUUCUCAUGUGCUGCUCGACAUUCGCAGAGCCGAGUAGAAGCAAAUUAGGUUUGCAUCUGAAUGAGUCAUCGUCUACACAAGAAGAGGAACCGCCUGAAGGUUUUUAUGCUUUUGUUGAAUCUCCGAAUGCUGAACCGCCUAAAGUGAGACCGCCGCCUUAUAUUGACAGUGACAAAGAGUGUUUUGACACUGGAAAGCAAGAACAAGGAUUCGUUUCUAUUCACAAUGUUUGCGGGGAUUUAAAUAAAGGAUAUAUUCCUAGAAAUCCUAUGAAGCAAAAUGUUGCUGGAUCUUCAUAUCCUUUUGAACUUAUCAAGAAUCAAACGUUAAAAUUCUUGAGUAAAACACUCCCAAUUUUAAAAGCCGACGAUUCGCUGCCAGUAGUUACAAAAAUCCAGCCAUUUUCCCAAAACUCUGUUGAUACGGACGAAAAGCGCAGUAGAAGUAAGCGAUCCGCUGAGUCACCAGCAAGCUUAGACGCCAGUCGAAACGCUCGCAAAUUUUGUGAAAACGGCGGUGGAGUAAUGUGCAUGCUGUACAAGGCGAUCCAAGGUGAGCCACUGGCGUCGUCCGCAGCGGAGCGACGCGAUGAGCCUGUGUCAUCUCCAGAGUAUCGACAACGUACACCCCCGCAGGAGAAAUCUGAGUACACUGGCCCGCCUACGCCCUGUCCAGCGAAAGUAGAAUACGCGACGCCUGUUUUCGCCAAAAAUUACCAGGGAAUUUGGCGCUACGUUGUCCAGAUUCCUUACGAAGGAUACUUUACCCAAACUAUCGAGUUGACUCGUUGCAUGCAGUCGCGGUGCCAUUAUUUAGAUGGCGGAUGCCUUUCUUCGCCAAGAUGGACGAGUUUACUUGUUGCCGAAAUUUAUUAUCCAGACACUGUCCUGGAGGAAAGUCAAAAUGGCAAAUUUCCAGGACCUCGUGAGCCAAUAGCUGCUAAUUCGCCGCCUCCAGUUCACGAUUACCAAAACUUUCAGAUGUACUUACAGAAAAGAGCUGGAGAAAAUGAAGGACGCAGUUCUUCUGGCAAUCAGCAGCACCAUUGCGAUGGUCAUGAUGAUAUGGGAUGCUUCCGGAUUCGUCUAUACUACGACUGGUUCUUGGUCCCUGGAAGCUGCAAAUGCUGGCGGCCUGACUACUUCAACCGGUACGUUCGUCGCACGAGUGUCAACACUGACUUAUAAAUCUCGGCUUUAAAUAAAUUUAAAUAAACAUAACGCGCAAAUAUAUUAUAUAGAGAAUAAAAUAAUAAAUAAUAAGUUAUAUGAUAUGAUAGGAUUGAUUUAAUAAUUGAUACUGACUCAGUAAAAAUGAUACAUUUUUGCUGUAAAUUGAUUCUCUUUGGUAUCCGAACUACAGAGUUUUUAUCGGAUAUCAAGAAUUGACAGCUUCAAUGACAAAUAGUUCGAGUUAUAUUUAGUUAUUAUCGCUGAUUUACGUUUUAAAUUAAGUCAAUUGUUGAGUUAUGAGCGAGGAAAAUUUUUUUUUAUAUUUACUGAUUUUAUAACUCAUAUAUUGUUUAUAUGUAAUUACUAAUUACAAAUGGAACUGACUGAUGGUUAUGAUUAUAAUGUUAUGAUUGUAACUACUUUUUGUACUUUUAAUUAUUUAUUGUUUAACUAGUUUAAUUAGUUAGUUGUUAUUUAUUUUAGUUGAUCGAGGUGUAAGAGUUUGUAGAA